AUGCUAUCUCCAGGAUAUGUCUUCGAUCCUACUGAUAGAGAGAUAGUUUCCUACUAUCUCCCCAGGCUGAUUGCCGGCCGCGGCAACACGGCGUUCUUAGGCAAUCUCAGCUACUUCUUCAACGUUCGCGACGUUUACUCCAGAAAGCCAUCCCUUCUUUUUGAAACCAGUAACAACGGCGAGACGAAACCGCUUCCUUUCAUGAAAGGCAACCAACGCUUCUUCUUCAGCAGCCGUCGCCAGAGGGUUGCUGAGACGAAUUCCGAUUGGAAAAGUUAUAGAAGGACUGUUCAAGAAGAAGGUCAAGGCGAACCGCAAGGAUGUUGGAAACGUAACAGCGUUACGCAACCUAUCUUUGAUGAUCAGAAUGAAGAAAAGAAAAUCUUGGGGUGCGUGAAUUUGCUCGGCUUUUUCGAGUAUCGGAUCGGGGAAAAUAAUAAAAAAGAAGAUAUAAAAAGUAAUUGGAUCAUGUAUGAGUAUUAUCUCCUGGCAGAUAGGUUUCAAGAUUGGGUUAUCUGUAAAAUCAAAGAUAAAAAUCGCUCGGAGGAGGACGAAUUCGACGCCAGGUUGCUCCAUCGGUUAUUUUCCCCCAAGGAAACAGUAGUGGCAGAUGGAUCCCAAACAGAAACCCAACCGGUACCUUCUCAAUCAAGUAAUUUGGUGCAAGCGCGACGAGAUUUUGAUCUGAAUGAGCUGCCACGUGAUUCACCAAGUCCAUAG